AUGUCUUCAGCGUUUCUGGACCAUCCGGUCCUGAAAGUCAGUCGCCCCGUCGCUGCCUGUUCGCGAUGCCGCACCGCAAAGAUCAAAUGUGAUGGAAAAUUGCCUUCGUGUUCCGCCUGCGAGAGGGCAAACAAGGCCAGUAGCUGUUCUGGCGCCUCGGACGAGUUCGCUCGGGGUAAGGAGAGAAGCUAUGUCGCCUCUCUCGAAGGCUACUGCGAAAGGCUCGAAAAGCGUCUGGCCGACGUGCGUCAGCGCCAGCAGUCGCGCAUGCUCACCGCCGCUGGCGACGGUGGACAGGUCCCGCAGAGCUCAAUCACCGCCUUUGCGGCGGAAAACACCAGCUCCGUUGCUCACCGUAAGGAAGUGUCCGAUAUAGACGACUUGGUCGGGGACUUUGGCUUUCUCUCGGUCAACGCAACCUCACGAGACUUCCGCGGAAUUACCUCUAAUGUAUCGUUUGCUCAAUUGCUUUUGACGACAUCCACCGUCGAACCGCUCCCUCCGUUUUCAAGCCGAAACCUACCUCCAAGACAUGAAGCCACCAGAUUGAUCCAGCACUAUUUCGACAACAUAUACAGUCAACUCCCCUUUUUCACCGAAACCGCAUUUUGGACUUCUGUCGAGGCCGUCUACCAAAGCGAGGGUCGUUUUGCGAAACCGAUUGAUAACUGGAUGCUGCGGAUGGUGUUGGCAAUUUCUCAUGCAUCGCUCUCGCCUCGAAAUCAAGAUGGCAACAAUCAAUUCACCUUUUCGAUGGUCUCCAGCGCGUUGGAAUACUCGGACGAGGUUCUCCAUCCAGGCUCGAUGCGUGGUAUCCAGGCUAUUCUCCUACUCACCUUGUAUUCACUGUUCGACCCAGUACACUUUCGCCCACGGUUCUUGGUUUCCUUUGCUGCCCGGGUGAUGGUGGAUUUGGGUCUCCAUCAAGAUCCGCCGGCCGAAGUACUUUCCGACAGAGCUGUGCUUGAACAAAGGCGCCGGCUCUUCUAUUGCCUUUACUCUUUGGAUCGGGUGAUAUGUACGGCCCUAAAGUUCAAUUUUUCGUUUUCAGAUGCUUCUGUCAACGUCGCCCUCCCGCAUGCGACAUCGUCUUCCAAUCCAACAACCGAGGGCUUCAUGCUCAGUAACUUGGAACCAGCUAUCCAUCUGUUCAAGCUUCGUCGCAUUCUGUCGCCAGGCUAUCAAGAGAUGUAUGGUAAUGGGCGCAGUCCGUCACCCCAGCCAUUGCUUCUCACGUGGAAACUUUGCGCCGAAGCUCGGGAUUGGUAUGAUCAGGCGCCAACAAAUAUUCCCAGUUCGUUCAAUCUGCUGUAUCGAUUGGAGUUGCUGUACAGCACCAUUAUCUUCCUCUCUCCAUCGUAUCGCGAUCCGGUCAUAUGCGACUUUAGCAAAGCGCUGCUUUUUGACCGAUGCAUUGACUACAUCAGCCAGUUCCAUCAAGUGGUAGUAAACUCGAGCGGCCUGCCAUUGGCGACAUAUUUGGACAUUCAACGCGUGCGGGGGAUUGGCCAGCGGUUCGUCACCAUUUUGAAUGAAGACUACGACUUGCUCGUCAGCAACAGGGUUCCAGACGUGCCAGCGGUGCCUCCGGGCACCCCUGAGCCACCGUACCUUGCAGCGGAAGAUCGCAUCAAUUGCCACGCACGCGCGCUGAGAUGCCUCAUUUAUAUCGAGGAUAUCCUGCAAUACGGCGUUCAGCGAUGGAACACACGGCGGGAUUAUGAUGAUUUUGUGCGUGAUUCGGCCGGCGUGAAAGCGCAGCUGGAGCAGCAGAGGAGUCCAUAUCAGAGGGCCCACGCAAUGCCUCCUCAAGGCUUCGUCUCUGCAGGAGUGCCGGUGGCUGCGAAUGGCUACCAAGGGAUGCAGCUAUAUGUCAAUGCUGGGCAGGCAUACUAUCCGAAUAUGACGAGCCGUGAAUGA